UGAGAAGUUCCCUAGUUGAAACUAAAAUAUAUGUGUUUGUAUUUGUUCAUUUUGCCCGUUUGGAGAGAAGUCGUGUUCCGUAUUUUAGAGACGGGAAGUUUUAGAGUUACGACGAUUGAUAAUGAUUACUGCAUAACACUACUGCUUUGUUUCACACUUCAUAAGCAAGGUAAAGCAAAACUACAUAAGUACUUUUUCCAACUCGCCCACUAUCAGCAAUUAGUUCUGCACGUGUAUUGGCACUCAAAAAGAGGCUUUCACGUACUUUGCACACUACAACGUCAUCAGCCAAGCAAAUAUUGCGUUGUCUAGCCCUUAUGGUGUUCAGUGGGUGAUGAUGAUGGAUGUGGUCAGAAUGGAUGGAGAAGUGGUUCAAGGAAAAGCUGAAAAAGUCUUUGGAAGCCAUGCUGAAGAUGCAGUCACAUUUUGGGCACAGGAUAUAAACACGUGUAAAGAACUGAUGAAUUUGAGCCGUAUCUUGGAAGAAGUGUGUCCUUUAGCUACUCCAGUGUUUGGAACUCCUGACCUUAAUAAGGUCUAUGGAGGUUUAUAUUCAGAAGACAAGAGUUGGUAUCGCUGUAAGUUUAAGACUGUGUCUGAUGACAGAUGUGUUGUGACGUACAUAGAUUAUGGUAAUUCUGAGGUGCUGAAGAGGGGUACAGUUGUCGAACUUGCUGAAGAUUUGCAGUAUCCUGGUCUUGCCAACAAAUACAGACUCUGGGGUCUUCAAAUACCACUACAGCAGGAUGUGAUGCAGUUUGACAAGGGGAGGAAAUAUUUGUACAACAUGAUUUACGAAAAGUUGAUCAGAAUACAACACAGAGGUGUCUACUGUGAUGGCACCAUUCUUGUGCAGGCUGAAUGCAAUGAUAUUGACAUUGGGGAAGAAGUUGCAAAGAAAUGCUUUGCAGAAAAAUGCAAGCCAACUUUUACUAGUGAGAAUGAAGAGCAAAGUGCUUCGCAUUCCUGGUCUCCAGCUUUGUAUUCUAAGCGACAAACUGAUACCUGCCAGAAAGGUGAUAAAAAAGUCCAUCAGUUUAACAAGCAAAAAGGACGUAUACCAUUUUAUGACCAGAAAGGUGAUGUCAAGAGGGAUUGUCAAAUGGGAAGAAGAAUGCCAGAAUUUAAUGCAUCGUAUGUAAAUAUGUUAAAAUCAAAGCCAGAUCAAAAACUGGUUGAAGAAAUUUGUAAUUUGAAGUUUGAGAAUAAAGCUCUUCAUGAAAAUUUUUCUGUAUUGGAGCUGGAAAUUCGCAAACUAAAAUUGGAAGCACAGUAUCAAAAGGAAGGAUACACUAAACAAAUAGAAGAACUUCAGAAUAGCACAAAGUCUGCAGUUGAGAAAGAAUUGCAUGGUUUGGCCAGCAAAGUUGCUACAUUAAGAAAAGUCAGGGGUGAACACUUGAAUGAUCGGUUUGGUGAUUUGGUCUCUAAUGGCAUCAGAAUUGUUAGUGAAGGGUAUUUAUCUUCUCCUCAGUCUUUGGAAGCACUUGACAGAGUUUGGGAAGAGUACAGCCUUGCUCAGGAGACACUGAGGUUGUGUGAGAAAUUGGAUGAUAUUGAGAAUCUUGUUAACAAGAGAAAUGAAGUUUGUCAUCAACUGUAUGCUUAUGCAAAAGAAUUUAUUGAUGAGGUGGAUCAUCUUCCUAUAGUAGAACGCAUGGACAGUUUAAAGGAGUUGUGCAGUACACUUGAGUCUACAUAUGGCCCCACCACUGAAGAAGACGACUUGGAAAACAUUUUUGACCAGUUUUCAGAAUGGAAGAAUGAAAAAUUGGAGGAAUACUCCAAUAUCAGAUGCGAAACAGACAGUUCAUUACACAUGCUCUGCUCUUGGCUAAAUAACUUUCGAGAGCUUUUUGACUUGUCUGUGGAUGUAGCAGAGACUUCAGAUGAGGUGGCUGGCAAUGUAGGUGUUUUGCUGAACUCUGUUGAAGUUGCUGUUUCUAAAGAAUUGACCACUUCUCUUACAGAACAAUCUGAGACUGAUAAAAUGAUGAUCUUAAAAGCUUACACUAAAGUCAUGCAGAAUAUUAAGAAGGAGCUCCAACUCCUUAGCUCGAUUGAAAAGAAGUACUUUGCUUGUACUGAGUUCAAAUUACAGAUUGUAGAGUGGCUGACCAAGACUCCAGAUGUUGGACAACUGCUAAGCAUUAAAAAGACCAUCAAGGGGCUUAAAGCUCAGCUGAGAUUGAAGAUUGUUGAAAAGAAUAAUUUUGAAGAAUCUGAUGAAUGUGAUCACGAGCAAGCUGAAAAACUAAAGGAAGAAAUUGCAGUAUUACGAAACCGUGUAUUUCACGAAAUAAAUAAGGAAAUGAAAGAAUAUGAGUUACUGAGCUCUUUAGUUGAGAAGUGGUUUCCAGAACUGCCACUCCUUCAUCCUGAAGCUGGAAUUCUAAAAUUCAUGAAUUCUGCUGGAUUGCUGUCAAGCAGUCUGGAAAGGGACCUGCUUGAAACUGUUCCAUUAAAGGAAUUAAGCAGAAAGAGGCCCUUACUUUGCUGCAUCAUUCAAGACCAGAAGUUUAUUUUAAAGGGUUACUCUGUAGAUAAUGCCACUGAGGCUAAAGUAGUGGAAAGAGCAGCAAGAUACCAUAAAGCUUGGUCCAACUGCAAGGAAGAUUCAGGAUUGCUUCACAUCAUGUUUCUCUUCUUCUGCAAGUCUGAUCCUGUAGCAUAUAUAAUGGUGCCGUUCUAUCCAGAUUCAAGCCUAAAGAUGGUUCAGGACAAAUGUCCAUUAACACCUCUGGAAGUAGCUGCAGUCAUGAAAGGAGUUGCUAAGGGAUUGCAUACAUUACAUGCUUCAAGUAUAACUCAUGGAUCUUUGCACCCAAAUAAUGUAUUUGUUGUAAACAGGAAGCAAGGAAUUGUUGGAGAUUUUGAUUUCUCAAAGGAUUUGGGUCAGCGAAGUUCCGAGCAUUGGAUGCUGGCAGAGAAGCUCAGUAUUCUUUCACCAGAGGUGAAAAAUGGUCAUUUGGUUUCUUCAUCUUCAGACAUGUAUACUUAUGGCUGUCUCCUGCUUUGGCUCCUCCUUCCAAACCAUGACUUUAUUAUCCAGUCUGAUGGACUUCCAGAGAUAGGAGCAGUUAUGGAUGAGAAGAUGAAGGAUGUUGUUUCCAAGUUAAUCUGCACUGGUGUACGUCUAACAGCAGCGCAAGUGUUAGAACAAGACUGCUUUAUACUAACAGAACUUAAUCCUGCAGAAUACGAUGUUAAUGUUCCUGUUUAUAGUUUAAAUGAACAGCCAGAGUCGGUUUCUAGUUUAAAUGGACCAACACAAAACACUACAGUAGAAGUGUGCCAAGAAUAACUCAGUGUGGACGCUCAAGAAAAACAGCAUAGGAUUUUAAAUCCAUAAUUACUUAUUACAGAAGUAGUAGCUGACUUCAUCUUAGUGUCUUGCACAGUAUAAACAGUGUUGUUUUUGUCAUUUUGCACAUUCCGAGCUUGUAAGAGCUGUACUUGUAACUUUGUACUGCUAUGUAACAUGCAUCUUUGUGGAGGGUACUUUUUUCUGUCAACAUUGCUUCCCACAAAACUACUGUGAAAGAAUGUGUAGCAGUUUGUAAUGAGCUGCUGAUCCAACUGUUUCCAUCUACUAAGCAAUGGUUUUAUUUCUAUCUACAAAUUAGAUUGAUGGUUAGAGAGAGCACUUUUUUGUGAAGGUUAUAGCUUGCACAUUCCGAAUCUUAAGUGAUAGAGUUGCUCAUUGUCUAAAUACAUGGAAAACAGGAGCUGUCUUAAAUUGAGUCUGUUUUAUUAGUAUGUCACCAUUUAUCUGUAUAGACCAGGCACCUUAUUAUUAACUCAUUUAAUUAUGAGGAGCUGAGAAGCCUACAAGUAAAUAUAUUUCUUGUAGAGGAUUGGAGGAGUUUGCCGCACCUUGCCUUUUCAUGUAUGUGAUCAUUUUGCUUUGCCGCUUCUGUAGUAACUUUAGAAAAUUUAAUAUGUAUGUAUGUAUAUAUAUAUAUAUAAAUAUAUAUAUAUAUUAGUAUUUCAUUGAGUAGACUUUACAGAUUCACUGUUGUUUUCACAUUGCUUCUCUAGUCCUGCACUUUUGUUGGGGUAAUGUGUUUUCAUUUCAUGUGGGUGGUAUAAAGUACGGUUUACAUGGAUAAUGUUUAACAGGUAUUUGACUUUCCAUCAGUCCUUGCAUAAAAAGUUGUAUCUGCAAGUUUUAUUCUCUUUUAUAUGGUAGGCGACUUUCUUAAUUGCAUUUACAGUUGCAUAUUAGUGUGGGGAAAAGCCAGAAUGUGCGGAUAUUACCUGUUUUUUGCUCCAUCUUGUAACAGUACCGUAAAGGUACUCUCUUUCCAAGUGUCUUCUAGGAGCUUGGAAAAAAAUGAUUACAAUUUUCCGGUUGAGUGCAUUCCAGUCUGUUGCUAAAAACAGUUCUGUUUGCAUUUUAACUGUGUUCUCCCAUGUCUUCUUUGAGAGAGAAAUACAGUUAUCACUGUAAUAAUAUCUAACUACUGCUCACAGUGCAGGCACACAUGUGAACCUCACCCUUUGUAAGCCUCAUUUGUGAUCAGUUUGUUGUUGGCAUUUCUUGUUAAUUGAUAAUGCACUGAGCCAUUUAGAUGUUCCUAUUGUAUUUGCUCCUUGAGAAGAUUGAUAUUUCACUUCAUUGCUUGCCAUUGCCUCGUCUGUUUGCCACAUGGUCAUUCAUAUUUUGUUUUAUGGGUAUGUCCUUUUGCACUGAGCCCUUCUUCUCCCCAACAUAGUUCCAGAUGUCUUUACUAGAGUAACCCCCAAUGGUUUGAGCUAAAGUGUUGGUUGUUUAUAUUUAGAGUUAUUAUCCACUUUACAGCACAUUGGCACACAUUCAGAUGAGCAAGAGAGAUGCAUUAGUACAGCUUAGGAAUUAUUACUUUUGUUCCCCUCAUUUAGGAACACUUAAACCCAUGUGUUGGUACUUCUGUUGUAAUUUUUUCUGUAUCUUGUACCCAAAUACCAUAUGUUAUUUUUUUUCUUUUACAUUGCAUCACUGCCAAGCAUGGCGGGCUGUUUUGGGAUCCAUUAAAUCACCAUCUUUGCCAUCUUCAGCCUUUAAAUGAUUUUGAAGAUACAGCUUCCUGUGAACAGUUUCUCGGAGUCUUACAUGUCCCCCUUUCUGUGCUGUAGUCCUCGUCAAAUGCUUCUGUUUUUCAAACUUUGUAGCUGAUUGGCUAAAAAUUGCAGACAUUGGCCUCCUAAACCCCACUUCAGCUUCUUAGGGCCAAGGUUUUGCUAUCUUACAGUUAAAGCAGACUGUGAGAACUGCAGCAAAAUAUGGCAUAUCUGCCUUUGUAUGUGUAUGCACUUGGGCACCCCAUCCAGAGGUCAGCUGUUUCUUGAGAAAAUGUGCUACAUGUAGGCAAGCAGUUUUCAAUACAGUCUCUAAAUCUGUGCCCCUGUGGAUGCAAACUUGAUUAUGAAUCGUGUAUGUAUUAUGUACAGUUCAAAAGUUAAUCUAAACUUUGGUUGCUAUUUCUUUGUUUUUGGAAUUACAGCUAAGUUAUAUUACUGUUUCUUUUCACAUUAGAUUUCAUUUAAGAAAAGAAAAUGAAUAUGUUGAGAAAUAGUAUGAAGGCAUUUGUAUUUAUUAAUACUGAAAAUCACUGUGAGAUUUUAUUGCCUUAUACUUUGACUGUGAAGAAUACAUACUAGUUCAGACUUAUUUUUCAGAUUUAUUUUUUCUGUUUUUAAUACAUUGGUUAGAAUUUGAACUUCAUAUAUUUUUGUUGCAUAGGUGAAAUACAUUAAUAAAACAUUAAUGUUGCA